ACCCACAGAGCGGGUGGGCAGAGACAAGAGCCACCAACCCUUAGCCUCACCGUCCCUUAUCCACUCGGGCACCCGGAACCUUGCGCGCGCGGAACCUCGGUGGCGGAGCAUCGGCGUCGCGGACCUUGAAGGCGAUGGAGCAGGCGCGCGGGCCGGGGGCCGAGGCUGACGCUCCAGAGGAGGAGGAGGGGGAGGCGCGGGCGGCCAUGGCGGCCGUGGUAUCAGCUGCGGGUGGAGCGUGCCCCGCAGUCCUGCAGGUGGCCGGCCUCUACCGGGGGCUGUGUGCAGUGCGCAGCCGCGCCCUGGGGUUGGGGUUCGUGUCACCAGCACAGCUACGCGUGUUCCCGGUACGCCGGGGCUCCGGCCUGCCCUCGGGGGGAGCAGACGGUAGCGGGGUCAGCGAGCUGGAAGCUAACCCCUUCUACGACCGCUACCGGGACAAGAUCCAGCAGCUGCGCAGGUCUGACCCAGCUGCCUUUGAGUCCCGCCUGGAGAAGCGCAGUGAGUUUCGGAAGCAACCAGUGGGGCACUCCAAACAAAGUGAUUUUAUCAAAUGUGUGGAGCAGAAGACAGAUGCCUCAGGGAAACAGCCUGUGAGCAAAGGAUUCACUAAGGACAAGACUCUCAGUUCAAUCUUCAACAUUGAGAUGGUGAAAGACAAAACUGCAGAGGAAAUAAAACAGAUUUGGCAGCAGUAUUUUUCAGCAAAAGACACAGUCUACGCAGUUAUUCCUAAAGAGAAGUUUGAUUUGAUCUGGAACCGGGCUCAGUCCUGCCCAACUUUUCUCUGUGCACUACCAAGAAGAGAUGGUUAUGAGUUCUUUGUAGGACAAUGGACAGGUACUGAACUCCACUUCACUGCACUUAUAAAUAUUCAGACCCGAGGGGAUGCAGCAGCCAGCCAGCUGAUUUUAUAUCACUAUCCUGAACUUAAGGAAGAAAAGGGCAUAGUGCUGAUGACAGCAGAAAUGGAUUCCACAUUUAUGAAUGUUGCUGAGGCGCAGUGCAUCGCCAAUCAGGUUCAACUCUUCUACGCCACUGAUCGGAAGGAGAUAUUUGGGCUAGUAGAGACCUUUAACUUCAGACCAAAUGAGUUCAAAUAUAUGUCUGUCAUCGCUGAAUUGGAGCAAAGUGGACUUGGAGCGGAACUGAAAUGUGCCCAGAACCAGGAUAAGACUUAGAGAUAUCUGGAUUGGCCCUUCACAGAGUCCGCUCAGUCCUGGAUAGCCUGAAGCCCAUCCACACCCUUGACCUCCAGAGCUCAACAUCUUCAACAAGCAGUCUGUAAAGAGUUGUCGUAUAUGCUUAUUCCAAGAAGUGAUUGUGGGCACGAGCCCUAAUACUUGAUAUUCAGGAACAAAGAUAUACAAAUAUUCUGAUAAUUACCUCUCAGCCUAAGGGUUCCUUUUAUGUGUUUCUGGGCAUUUAAACAAGAAAUAUUCAGGGAUCUGCAAGACUACUGGCUGGGUUUUAUUCAGUGUAGCAGUGAAGUUGCACUCUGGCCACUUUGACUUCAGAGCUCCCAGUUGUAUGUCUUCAUAAACCUGUAGCAAUAAGCUUGAGGAUCUUAGAAAUGUUGGCUCUAUGUAUUCUUUCCAUGCACCAAUGAGCUGGCUAAAAACAUCACCCAAAAAUCCUGGCCAGACUCAAUACAACCAGCUCUUCUCCUCAAAAUAAAGACUUCCAGAUGCCUCUCCAGUUGCCUUCAGUGUAACUCAGUGAAUUGCAGACAUAGUUAAACACACAGAUACAAUGCCUACACUACUGUUAAACAGUUGCUUAUGGCCCUACUCCCUGAACUCUGCCUGUGAGAAGCUGAUGAAUCAGUUCAGUGUAAAUAGAACCUUUUUGUAAGGAGAUCAUUCCAGAUUUGCAUGAUUAAAAAAAAAAGUAUAUGAAAAUGUGGGUCGAGGCAGUUGUUCCCAGAUUGAGUGUGGGGAAUGUAGCAAUAAAGUCUGGUUUUCAGUCUUUGUUACACAAAAUCGUGGAAACUAAGCUGUGCACUGUUGGCAGCAUCAGUGCUGUGGGUUAAUUUUAUCAGAACUCAUCUUGGGGCUCAGUGAUUUCUUGAAAUGCCACAAGUAAGCAACUUAUUCUCCACCAGAAGCAGACAUAUCAUUCUGUAGCUCCAUGUUCAUUGGUGAAAAAGAAUGGUGGGUCCAUACCAGCCUUAUGAACUCAAAGCCCCAGGUGUCCCCCAGUAUUAGUGCUGGUCCCUGUACCACACCUCUCAUUUGAUCUAAUAUGCUCCACCUUAAUCUGGCACCCCAGUCUGAUGUUAGAUGCCACCAAAUAUGGUGAAUAGAAAUUUAAGUAGUAUUUUCAGUUUAUGUGUACAUGUUCUUCAUUACAGACUUUUUUUUUUAGGGUGGGCCUCAAAGCUUUUUAAGUAGGUGUGGUGGUUUGGAUAAGAAUGGCCCCCAUAGGUUCAUAUAUUUGAAUGCCUAGUCACCAGAGAACAGAACCAUUUGAAAGGAUUAGAAAGAUUAGGAGGUGUGGCCCUGCUGGAGGAAGUGUGUCACUAGCGGUGAACUUUGAGGUUUUAAAAGCCAUGCCAAGCCUAGAAAAUCUCCCCCCCCCCCCCCAUAUGCGGGUCAGGAUGUAACUCUUAGCUACUUCUCCAGUAUCAUCCCUGCCUGCUGCCAUGCUCUCUGCCAUGAUGAUAAUGGACUGAGCCUCUGAAACUGUAAGCAAACUUCCAAUUAAAUGCUGUCUUUUAUAAAAGUUGCCUUGGUCAUGGUGUCUCUUCACAACAAUAGAACAGUGACUAAGUCAGUAGGGUUGGCCAUCCCAUUAUUUUCUGGAUAGAGAAACAGAUGGUGUUUAUUUAACCUGGAGAAGCCGUUCCGUGCUUUCAGUUUCUCUAAAGGUUGAGUUGUUCUCUGAUGCAGCUUCUAGACCUGCUGUGGUCCCAGUAGUCCACAUUUUGAGAACGUGAGUGCUGCCAACCCUGCAGUUUUCCUUAAAUGCCUUCCACGCUUCUGGGUGAUACAUGUCUCGAGACUCAGCAUUGGGUGGGGCUGCUUUUGUGGGUGUCCAGCUAUGUUUGUUUUCUCUCCAGACAGACCCAGUUCUUAGUCAUAGAACACUUUCAUGACACCUCUACUGGAGGAUGAAACAAUGCUGGGAAUAAAGAACUAGCCGUUCAUUUCAUAGUCCUCCCAGCUUUGCCCUCGAUCCUGUCUUGCCAAAGAAGGAUGAUGUAUCCAUGGGUGGUUAUAUCAGAUGUGACUGAAGUAGCAUCUGACAGUCAUCAGUAUUUAUUUUACCAAAGAGAUCUAGCAAAUAAUAAAUGAAAACCAUAGCAGUUAGUCUGUAAAUGUGUUCCCCAAUUCCAACACGUUGUUUCUAAGGUAGGCUUUGGAGCUCAUUGAAUUGGGUCCAGAUAUCAGCAUUACUUUCCUUAGUUUGUUAAUGAUAAAUUACUUAAACUCUGAUUCUUACCUUUCUUCUGAACAUGGGGAUGAUAUCUACCUCAUAGGAUUAUUUUGAGAUUUCAGUUAGCUUACAUAUAGACUACAAUAGAAUUUAGUACACGCAGGGUCCCUUCUCUUCUUUACUUCUUCAUUGAAGCCCCAACCCAGGGGCUAGUAGUCGAUCUGUGUUCCUAGCAUGCAUCAGGUCCCAGCACCAGACAGGAAGAAAGUUAAGUCAGCAUUUCAGAUGCACGGAUCACUCUUCAUUUCAACGGAAACAACAAAAUCUAUCUCACGGGUUCUCAAUUUGAGGUACAGUGGAAAUCACAAGCACUUUAAGAUGUAGUUCCUAGGUGCUGAGUCAAAGUAUGCAGAAAGCACUGACAACUUACAUUUUAGUAUGUGUUCUAGGUGAUUCUGAUGUGGGUAAUUAGUGAGCCUUUGUGAACCAUUGCCUUAUCCGUACGAAAAUGUCCACUAGAUGGGUCUUUUCUCACCUGCAGACAUUCACAUAGUAUUUAGAUUCCUCUGCCCUUUAUCUUCCUCGUCCCUUUGUAUACAUCGCAUUAUAUUUAUUUUUUUGUGUGUGUUUACCCCACUAGACUGUGAGCUCCUUGAGGGCCAGGAUUUAUCUUUCUUCUCAGUGCCAAGGACAUGACCUGAACCACAAAAGAAACUCAACUGUUGAACAAAUAAAUGAUACAGAUCUUAGUCAUAAA